AGUCUCGAUGAUUCUCAUUCUUUAAUUUUAUGCAGCUCUAAGCAGGCCUGCAUUACAUUUACUUUAUAUUAUAUUAUAUAAUAUGAUAAAGAUAUGAAUAUUUUAUGUGACAUAAAAGUUUAUUAUAUGUUGUGAUAGAAGUUCUUUUUGAAGCAUGCCGGCAGAGAGACAAAGAUCUCUUCAAAAUCAACAACAAAACAAGAAAAACAAAUAUGGAAUCAAAAGGUGGAGAAGUUAGAAGGCUUCACAUAAUUUACUUCCUUAGUCACAUGGGUGGUCAUGCUGAGCAUCCUCAUCUCAUUCGUGUUCUUCAUCUAGCUCGAAAUGGUGUUUUUCUUAGAGAUAUUAAGAGAUGGCUUGGUGAAUUGAGAGGAAAAGAUUUGCCUGAAUCCUUUGCUUGGUCCUACAAGAGGAGGUACAAGAGUGGAUAUGUGUGGCAGGACUUAAUGGAUGACGACCUCAUAACCCCAAUUUCUGAUAAUGAAUACGUCCUCAAAGGAUCACAAAUCCAUACUACCCCUUUUGAAACUCAUUCAAUUAAUGAAAAGAAAGCUGAUACUGAUGUACUGACAGAGAAGAAAUCUUGUCAAGUACAAGUUGAAGAGGACAAACAAAAGAACCAAAAGCAGAAGCCAUCUCUAUCAGAAGAAGAAUCUCAAAUUCAGCAAGAAAAAAAUGAUUCAGAAAAGAAUAAACUAAAUCAAGUGUCCUCAGAAAUCAGCCAGGAUUCAUUGGUUUUCAGUUCAGACAGAUCAUCAGUGACAGAUGAUGAAACUUCUAAAGUUGAAGAAGAGAAGCUUUUAAUCAAAGAGGGUAACAAUGAAAAGAGCAAUGAGAAGUUUGAGGCUUUUUCAUUUCCUUCUUUGUAUCACAAUUUGAUGAGUAAAAAGGGUAAAAAAGAUGGACACAACAAAAUUGAUACACCUCCUGAUUCGUCUUUUUCGACUCCUUCAUCAUCUUCUUCUCAAUCCUCUUUCAGUAAGAUUAGAAGCAAUUCUACUAGAGUUACUAGUGUGUUCCGCAACUUGAUUAGUUGCGGAACUGUGGAAACAAAUGACGCUUCUUUGAUCCUAAGGAACACUGCUCACAAAAUUGUCCCUAAAGAGCCUAACAAUAUGCUUGCAAAAGGGGGUGAGAUUUGUAAAGAAGACAAAUUGGGAGGAUCAGCCAGGUGUUUUGGGACUCCUUGGAAUUAUCAUGACCAAAAUGAACAUUAUGGAUCAGCCAGAAAAAGCUGUGAUGCAGAGGAACCAAACAGGAGCAGAAAAAAGCUAAGCGAGUUAUUGAAUCAAACUCCUUGUAAACCAUUUGGAGGACCAGUUUGCUCGCAAUGUGGGAAAUCAUUCAAGCCUGAGAAAAUGCACAAACACAUGAAGUCUUGUAAAGGAAUCAAAGGAAUGGGAACAUCAGGUGCAACAACUAUUGCUGAGGAAUCAUCAAAGCUUCAGAGAUCAACUUCAUCUUGUAGAGAUUACCUUUUGCAAAAUUAAAUGUGGAUAUUCCUUUUAUACCAGAAGAAGAAGCACUUGGUUUUUAAGUUUUGAUGUAGCUUCUCACUUUGUUUUCUGACCUUAUAAAUACAGUCAAUUUAUCAUAGAUUUUCUUUUCCUUCUCAA